AUGUAUUUCCAUCUUAAGGUAAGGAAAGAGGAAUGCCAGUGGUUGUCCAACGCAGAACCUGUAGAUGACAAGAUUCUUGUAUGCAAGGAGUUCGAUCGUCUCGACUAUGACAGGGACCAUUUUAGAAUUUCGGAUGACAAUAAAGGAUUUACCUUGUCACCCACUUACCCUGAAUAUAUGGUGAUUCCAAAACAGAUAACUCAGAAGGACCUUGUAGACGGAAAAGAUUUUCGCUUUUUGCAACGAUGGCCUGCUGUAGUUUGGAAAUGUAGGGAAACGAGAGCAGUACUUCUACGUAGUAGUCAACCGAGACUGAGCAUUUUCGGGUGGAGAAACAAUGCUGAUGAGAAAUUUUUUGAAUUGGUACACAACUACCUCGACUCGUAUUCGCCUGGUAAAGACAUGCUGAUAAUGGAUGCACGAUCUUAUGCUGCAGCUUGGGCAAAUCGUGCGAAAGGUGGAGGAUUUGAGCAUCCCGAGUACUACCAACGUACGCGUGUUGAUUGGCUGGCUUUACCGAACAUCCAUAAUGUCCGCUAUUCCUUCCACCAACUUAGAGCUUUACUCUGCUCUAAUCAGAAUAGAACGGGAGAAUCGUACCUAUCGGCAUUAGAGAGCACUGGUUGGCUGAACUAUAUCAAAGAUCUCAUGAAUGCUGCUCGAAAAUGCGUGGACACCUCCAUCUAUCCUUUUUUAACCACUUAUUCUAAAGAUAAGAUUUUCUGUUUUUCAGGACAGUCAGUGUUAGUACAUUGUUCUGAUGGUUGGGACAGGACAACGCAAAUUGUAUCUUUGGCGAAGUUAAUGGGCGACGAAUACUACAGGACAAUUCAAGGAUUUGAGGAACUAAUUCGUCUGGAAUGGGUUGCAUUCGGUCAUAAGUUUGCCGACAGAAACGGUAUCGCUGGAACAAACAACAAUGAACAAUCUCCAAUUUUCCUACAAUUUCUUGAUGCAGUGCACCAAAUGCAGCAUCAGCUUCCAACCGCUUUUGAAUUCAACAGGCAGUACCUUAUCAAACUAGCGCAACAUGCCUAUUCUGGAUUAUUCGGCACAUUCCUGUUCAAUUCACGUCGAGAGUCGGAAAUGGUAAAGGAACAAAUGAACCAAGAGCCGAUAUCGAUUUGGAGAUUUCUUGGGAAAGAUAAUGAACGUGUAGUAAGCUCACUAUAUGACAAAACAAUCGUUGGAAGAAUCAAUUUUGACACUGAAAUGAGCACACUUCGCGAAUGGAUUGAGGUGUAUCGUGAUCGUGCAUUCGAUGACGACAUUGUGAGUAACAGGCUUUCCCAUCCUAAUGUCAAUCCUCCGCCGCUGCAGAAGAGCAAAAGCAGUGAAAGUAUUAAUUCAAUUACCAAUAUUGAUGCAGCAAAUAUAAGUGGAAUGUGA